AUGCCGGCAGUACGCCACCAGAAUCCAGGCCGUAGUUUGUACAACGUACCGAGUACUGCGUUACGUUACGACAUCCGUAGAGCACUAUUCUACGGUGGACUCAACGCCAGCAUUGCAGCACAGGUGUCCAGCAGAGCAUCGGGCGGCAAACUCGUCUCGAUCCUGGACAAGUCGGGUCGCAGCGAAACGAAGCAACGCAGCUCUGCUGUCAUGUCACCAUCGCGCACAGAAGCAGCCGACCGUCUUCGCGUCGUUGUCGUCGGCGCAGGACUGGGCGGUCUCGCCGCUGCUAUUGCGAUUCACCGGACUGGGAUUGCCGACGUACAAGUGCUCGAAGCUGCGUCCAAGCUCGGUGAGCUGGGGGCCGGGAUCCAAGUCAGCCCGAAUUGCUCGCGCCUCUUGAUCCGAUGGGGCGUCGGCAAGUACCUCGACGACAAGGUGGUUUUGCCCAGGUACGGCAGAGUCGUCCGAUGGCAGAACGGCGAAGUGCUGAGCCAGGCGCCUAUGAUGCCGCAGAUUCAGGAGAAAUACGGCUUUCCGCACUGGCAUGUGCACCGUGCGGAUCUACACGAAGCGUUGAGGAAGACAGUGGAGGAUUUAAAAAUCCCUAUUCUGAUCAAUGCCAAGGUCGUCGCUGCAGAUGUCGACGAGGCCAGCGUCUCGUUGCAUACUGGCGAGAAAAUUGACUGUGAUUUCAUUGUUGGUGCUGAUGGGCUACGGUCGACGAUGCGCGAGGUGGUGCUGCAGGGCGAGGAAGCAGCGCCGCCUUUUGUGACUGGCGACUAUGCCUAUCGAUUUACCGUGCCUACAGAAGACAUGGCGGAUGACCCUGUGCUAGCGGACUGCGUCAAGGUGCCCAUGGCCAUUGGGUGGUGGGGGCCGCGAAUGCAUGUUGUGGGAUACAAGUUGCGGAGUGAAACCAUCUUCAACGUCGUCGCUGUCUUCCCCGACGACGGAACCAUGGACAAUACCUACAAGAUGGAAGGUGAGAUCGAGCACUUGAAGGAAUUGUAUGAUGGGUGGUGCCCACAGGUCAAGGCUUUGAUCGAACGCGCAAGACCGGGCACAGUCACGAAAUGGAAAUUGAUGGAUUUACCCCCAUUGUCGAGAUGGCAUCGAGGCAAGUUGGUGUUGAUAGGAGAUGCUUGUCACCCAAUGUUGCCUUAUCAGGCCCAAGGAGCUUCACAAGCCAUCGAGGACGCCGCUGCCCUGGCACAGUGUCUACGACAGUUGCCUCUCUCAGACGUGGGUUCCGUAUUCCAACAGCUCAGAUACUCACGUGCCACUCAAAUACAAAAGUACGCUCGGGAACAGCGGGGCAAGAAUCAUAUGCUUGAUGGCCCGGAGCAAGAAGCUCGCGAUGCCGCCAUGAAGGAUGCCAGUGGAGGAGCCAGGGCUGCGUAUGCUUGGAGUUGGGCGGCUGAGGAUGGCGAACCCGCAAAACCUUGGAAUGAAGGAUUGUUCGGGUACGACGCAGAGGAGGAGGCCUUGAAAAGGAUCAGGAAACUUUGA